AGGAGAGGUGGAAAGUUGCAACUUCAGGGCAAUAUAGACCACAUGCUAUGGGAAGGAAUGCCUGUGUCUUUGUAGGAGGAGGAAAGAAACACGGAGGGAGGGAUCUGAGAGAAGCUUGCAGCGUGGCUCUGUCUGAAUGAAAGAACCUCUCUCUCCCUCUCUCCUGCCGUCUGCAUGCAUGGCUUACGUCCGCUGCAGCAAGUGAGCACAUGUCCAGAGCAAACACAGCGAGACUCUCCAAGUAAAGUGAAGCUGGAAGUAAACAUUUUCCAAAAACUGUGACAGAAGGUGGAUAAGACAAGAUAAAACUGAAGAUCUUCACAGCAAAAGGAUUUCUGGACACUAGAUCUACAAUCACCAACAUACCACCUGGACAGCUGCGCUUCAUAUAUCCUCAUCGGACCAAGUUGAAAUGAACCUUAUUUUACCUUACUAACAGACACGAGGUCAACUUCACAUAUAAGUGUGAUGUGAGGGUAGGUAAAUCAAAGCGGUUCUGCACCAUUUGUAGAUCUCUGGCCAACUUGCAGACAGGUGUGAUGCUGGGUCAGUGUGUUUGAUACAUUAACACACACACACACAAACAAACACAAUACAGCCUGAAACUGGAGAGACCACACAGGGACUUUAAAUCCUCAUCAAAUUGAACUUCCUGUCUCACACUGAUACUCAACAGACACCAGUUAAGAUGUAAUGUUGCCUCUAAAUCUUUACCACUAGUAAAGAUUCUACUGCUGUACUGGAAGUACAGGCUGUCUUUGCUGAGCCAAAAGAUAAACACUUUAACCUAAAACAUGACCCUAGAGACCUGUAAAUUGUUCCCCCGUCACCUUGUGCAGCUCAGCUUCUGCCCUCAGCACCUUCUGCUCUUCCUACUCUUGCUCCUCCAUGCCUGGUGGGGGAGCUGUCACCCCCAGUGUUUGGACUACAAGCCUCCGUUUGAGCCCCGGCAGCCACUGGUCUUCUGCAAGGAGUACUCCAAGUUUGGGUGCUGUGACCUCGAAAGAGAUGAAGAGAUAUCAGUCAGAUUUUACUCCAUCAUGGACAACUUUGACCAUUCGGGCUUUGUCACCUGUGGCAAAUUUAUACGAAGCAUCCUCUGCCAGGAAUGUUCUCCUUAUGCUGCCCACCUGUAUGAUGCAGAGGAUGCAAACACUCCGAUGAGGCUUCUCCCUGGACUGUGUGGUGAUUACUGCACAGACUACUGGCAUCAGUGUCGGUACACUCUCAGCCUCCUACUGGAGGACUUGGGAAACCCUCAGCAGUUUGCCAACAUGACUGCUGGAUUAGAGGAAGACAGCAGAAGGUUUUGUGACUUUCUGGAGCUGAAGGACAGACAGUACUGCUAUCCCAAUGUAAUGACAAAUGAAGAUCUUAAUGCUAACCUGGGUUCGGUACGUGAGGACGCCACAGGCUGUUUGGAGUUGUGUCUGCAGGAGAUCGCCAAUGGACUCCGUAACCCUGUGGCCAUGAUCCACGCCGAUGAUGGAACUCAUCGAUUUUUUGUGGCAGAGCAGCUGGGAUAUGUGUGGGUGUAUCUGUCCAACGGCUCCAGGAUUGACAGGCCUUUCCUCAACCUGACCCAUGCUGUCCUCACAUCACCAUGGGCUGGAGAUGAGAGGGGAUUCCUCUGCAUAGCUCUGCAUCCAAGGUUCACCACUGUCAGAAAAGCCUACGUGUACUACUCUGUAUCUGUCAAGAGGGAGGAGAGGAUACGAAUCAGCGAGUUCACACUGUCAACACAUGAUGAAAACCAACUGGACCACUCCUCUGAGAGAACCAUCCUUGAAGUGGUAGAACCAGCAUCCAACCAUAAUGGAGGACAGCUUCUGUUCGGCCAUGACGGCUACCUGUACAUCUUCAUCGGUGACGGAGGCCGAGCUGGAGACCCAUUUGGAAAAUUUGGCAAUUCACAAAACAAGUCAACCCUACUUGGUAAAGUGUUACGUAUUGAUGUGGACAACAAUGACGAUGGCGCUCCGUACAGCAUCCCCUCUGAUAACCCGUUUCUUGGGGAGAAGGAGACAAAGCCAGAGAUUUAUGCAUAUGGUGUACGCAACAUGUGGCGCUGCUCCAUCGACCGCGGUGACCCGAGUACAGGCACCGGGCGAGGGAGGAUGUUUUGUGGUGACGUAGGCCAGAAUAAAUACGAGGAGGUUGACCUCAUUGUUAAAGGGGGUAACUAUGGAUGGAGGGCUAAAGAAGGCUUUAGCUGCUACGAUCGCAAACUCUGUCAAAACUCGUCACUUGAUGACAUCUUGCCCAUCUAUGCCUACCCCCACAAGAUGGGAAAGUCAGUGACAGGAGGGUACAUCUACAGAGGCUGCCAGAUGCCCAACCUGAAUGGACUCUACAUCUUUGGGGAUUUCAUGAGUGGGCGUUUGAUGUCUCUGAAGGAAAAUCCCCUGACAGGAGAAUGGAAGUAUACUGAAAUCUGCAUGGGACGAGAUCAGACCUGUAGAUUCCCAAAACUCAUCAACAGUUACUAUAAAUACAUCAUCUCUUUUGCUGAGGAUGAGGCAGGUGAACUGUAUUUUUUAGCAACAGGUUCACCAAGUGCCAAAGCCAGAGCAGGCGUCAUAUAUAAGAUAAUCGACCCUUCCAGGCGGGCACCACCGGGAAGAUGCAGUAUCAAGCCUUCUCCAGUUAAGAUAAAGGGAAAACUGGUUCAUUUCUACCCCAAAGAAGAAUUUGUAAUCAAUAAGAAACCAACCACUACACCCGUUCCCACGACAACCACAAGAAAAACAACCACAACAACAACAACAACAAGAAAACCCACAACAAGAAGAACCCCGACAAGAAAAACACCAACACCGAGAAAAACACCUCAACCGACAAGACCGACACCAACACUACCCACAGCGACUAAAUCGCAAACAAGAAAAACAACAAGAAAAACUCAACCACCAACACCAACAAUCAAAACAACAACAUUACAACCAACAACCACACCUACAACUGUCCAGAUGACCAGGGCAACAACUCCUGCCACAGCUACACCCACUGGUUAUCGCUCAGCUGUCAUGACUGCAGCCUCAUCUAGGACUGCUCAAACCCCUCUCAUGACCACACCUUCAACAAGAAGACACGGCAGACCGCCCCAGUACCCGAUCCCAGCCUCGCGACCUUUAACCCCACCACAGCCUCCUCUAUUUCCAUCAGUUCAAAUAACUCUGCCACCCGAGCAUCCUGGGGCUUUGACGACACCAAGGCCGCAUUACUGGAAUCAGAAACCUACUGCAGCUUUGUACAAACCUCAAAGACCAACAAUGAACACCACUACGCCUAAAAGUCACGAAGAGAAGCUGCGGCUCGGUGAGAAGCUAGACGAGACUUUAGAGGGUAAUCAAAUUGAUAAGAAGCCUCGAGGGAGGGACAGAAGUCUUGGUUAUAAGAGAGGAAGAGGUAGAAGGCUGAGGGCGGGCUCAGUGCGACUUAUAAGUGCUGAUCAUUUAUCAGAUCGAGGAAGAGUGGAGAUUUUUAUUCGUGGGGAGUGGGGGACUGUCUGCGAUGACCUUUUUACAAAGAAAGCCGGUACCGUGGUGUGUCGACAGCUCGGCUUCACCACUGCCCUGGCCGUGAUGAAGAGGGCUGCGUUUGGCGAGGCAGAAAGAGGCGUCAGGAUCCUGUUGGAUGACGUGGAGUGCCAGGGCGAGGAGAGGUCACUGCUGGAGUGUAAGAGAUCUAAAGUUGGGAAACACAACUGCUCCCACGGGGAAGAUGUAGGGGUCAUCUGCGGAUAACACACAGAGAGAGGAAGGGUAUCUAAUGAAGAAACAUAGAAAGCAUAUGGGGAAACACUGGAGUGAUUCACAAUUUGGCAAUGCAGAUUCACUUCCACCUGAGGCAUAGAGUUUUAACACAGCUGCCUCUUUUUCCCCACAUUUCCAUUUUAACCCAUAAAGACCCGGUGCUACAUUUGUGGCAGUUCGUAAAUGAAUUUUUCUCUAUAGUUACCCUUUCUUAAGUGAUUUAUCAUCAUUUAUCUUGCAUUUCGUCAGUAAA